AUGUGCGAGGUGCUCCAUCCCUUUGAAGUCUUCAAGAAGUCUGGAUUCGAGGUCGAUCUCGCAUCCGAGACGGGCUCUUACCAAGCUGACUGGCUUUUGCAACAGAAGGAGUGGCUGAAGGAUGAGGAAAGAAGAGUCUGGGAAGACCACAACAGCGAGUUCCGUAGCAAACUCGACAAAUUAUUGAAGCCUGCUGAUGUCAAGUGGGAGGAAUACGGGAUCUUCUUCGCUAACGCGGGCCACGCAAGUCGGAUUCACUACCCUGACGCGAAAGGUUUAUAG